GCGCCGACUUUCAAGCGGUAUGCACGUAUGUGAGAAACUAACACUCCCGAAGAACGUGUACGAAUGUAGCUAUGUACGAUAUUAAACUCGCGAUAAACAAAUUCGAUUUUGUGCGAUCAGUUGUGGACGUUUUUGAUUUUUAAUAAGUUUUGUGUGUGCUGUGCGCGGACUUUGAGGAUAACGUGUAAUAAUGGCAGCAAGGAUAAAACGACUCAGUUUGCAUCUUCGAAUAGUUCUUAUGAUAAUUUGGACAGCGAGUGGGGGUGACGGGUACAAUUGCCCCUACGGGCAAAACUGCGCCUUUGAGCCGGCGCCUCCGGGGAGAGCGCCGCCCUGUGCGCAGCCCGGCCUGACAUACUGCCUGCAUCCGGAGCCAUAUCCUGAAUACAUAUCACCGUCGCGAACUAAUUCUGACAUCACAAUCCAGAGGUCAAUAUCCUUUCCUCCCCGAACAGUGGGGCAUGGGGCACGAAGAAAACGUAACGCUGAGUUGGUGGAAGCCGCAGCUAAAGGGACACUUACAGGCGCAGAGGCUUUGCGGAUCGCUUUGGGACUUGCUAGUGAGGACCCAUCAGCCGAGAGACCGCGCCGUCAAGCCGCGAACACCGAGGAGCUCUGUCAAGUCCGGACACAAUUCAUCCAGCCCCAAGCCGCGCAGAACAACAAGGGCAACUGGCGCUAUGUUGUCAACAUGCCCAACAACAUGACCCAGCUGGUCCGAGUGGAGACUUGCUCGUCUUCGACAUGCAGUGGCUUAUGCAGCCUGCCUCGCGGAUACACCUCUCGUUGUGAACAAAAAUAUAUUCAAAAGCGAUUGGUUGCACUUCAACCAAGUGGGCAAACUUUGUACACCGAUGUAUUCUGGAUUCCGAGCUGUUGCCAAUGCACGAUAAUUAACAAUAAUUAAAUCUAUGUGUUAACUUCCUUGUGAUGUAUUUUUAAGCUAAAAUGUAUUGCAUGUUGUGUUUUAUUGUACGCAUAGAGUUGCCGCUAUUCGAUACUAGAUGGCGCUGUCAUAUUGCUCUCUCGUGAAUGUUUGUGACUUUUAGAUGUUUACAAUUUAAAUACGGUUCCUGUAUUAUUUAAAUUUAAAAUAAUAUCAAAAUUAAUAUUAAUAAAAAUUCAUAUAAUUUCCUAAAUAUAUUUGUAUUGCAAUUAAAUUUAGUAAUUUUACGUGUAAAAACAGAGUAUUAUGUAUAUUAAUAGGUACAAAGUAUUUAAUCUAGUAUUAUUCAAAAUAUCUAGAUUUGUAUAUAGUAGUGCAACUGUAAGUGAACAAUUUUAAUUGGUGACUAAUACCCGCGAAAAAAUAUUUUUUCUCGCUAAAGCUUUUCAGCUUUAUGCCUAAAAAUGCAUAUGUAUUGUAUUUUAUAUCGAAAUUAUUUUACUGGGAUUUUUAUUUUUUUCGUACUUACCUAUCAUUAAAUCUUUACUUUGAUUCGAUGUAGUUGUGCUGUUGAAGCUAUUGCUACAAAUGAUUUAAUAUUUCAACAUAUUAUGUGCCUAUAGAUUAACGAAAUUCUGUUAAACAUAUUUUUUUAUUAUUUGAUUAAAAAAUUCUUAUAAAAAUAGGUUCCCAAACCGUAGAGAAACUACUAUUUGGGAACUUUCAACUCUCGUUUUAUUUGCCAUUAGAAGGAAUGUGUCGUAAGUACCAGCUUACGCAUACAUAAAAUGAACAAUACAAUUUACACAUAAUAUUAUACUUUCAUAAAUAUAUUAAGUUGAUUUUAUAAAGAACAAUUAGAAUCUCUGAGUUAGCGUUAAUAGUUUGACAUUCAUUAUAAUUAAGAGAUGACAUGCAUUCAGUUCUGUUAUACUUAUGUAAAUAACUUGAUACAUUAUAAACCAGUUCUUAACUGAUAAUAUAAAAUGGAAAUUU